UUAAAGGAAUGGUGUGUACUACAAUGACCAGUUAUUUUGAAAUACCUUUUUAAUUUAUUUUGUUGAGUGUGAAAAACGUUUUGAUUGUUUACCAGGGUAUUUCUCAAAUAUAUCAUAAAUUAAAUGUACAUGCAUGACAAUACAACAAUGGAUUUGAAUCGCAAAUUUUGAGAGUGAGAUCGAGCUGAUGAGAAGAUAAGAAGGAAAUAUGAAACGAGCAGUCAAUAAAAAGGUGAUGCGGCUGAAGUUUGACACCGUCAUUUGGUCCGUAUUUUUGGUGAUGCUGAUCUACCUGGCGCUUUCUUUUACAAUACAUUCUCAGUAUACACAACUGGUGUCGGGAGCAAAUAAGUUUCAACGACACCAACUACACAACGCAGUUAACACCAAACAUGAAGAUUCCGAAAACGAUGUCGUUAAUGGUGUUGACGAUACUUUAAAAGUUAGACGUCAAAAUGAUUUAGAAUCGGCCAAUAAGGCUUUUCUGAAUAUAAGCAGUGAACAAAAGAAUAAAUCAAACUUGAAACUUAAACCGUCUACGCACAUUGCCUUCCUUAAAGUACACAAGACAGCUAGCUCAACUGCCCAGAAUGUGUUUCUUAAAUUUGGUGAUGAAAAUAACUUGACGUUUGUUCUUGCCCACACAAAAGGUGAGUCAGGUUGGUUAAAUGUUAUCAGUUAUACUAAUUCAGUAACAAAUACGAAUGUUGUGCCUCCACCUCCUGGAAAACAUUACGAUCUACUUUGUUGUCACGUGAUCUACGACCGGAAGUCGUUUGAAGCUAUUUUACCACCGGAUACAGAAUAUAUUGGAAUAGUGCGGGAGCCAAUUUCCAGAUUUCAGUCCGCAGUUAAGUAUUUUAGUCCAAAUUUCAUUUUAAGAUUACCAGGAAAAACACCUUUAUCUAUAUAUGCUAAAAAUCCUUUAGCUUUUGAGCCGGAAAAUCCGCGCAAUUCACAAACAAAUAAUCGGAUGGCAACAGAAUUCGGAUUUCCAACUGAACUGUUUCCAGGAAAAGAAUUGAACGGAUCACAAACAGAUAUUGACAAAUAUCUAUCAAAACUAGAUAAAGAAUUUAAAUUCAUAAUUAUUUCAGAAAAAUUUGAAGAGUCAAUGGUAAUUAUGAAACGAUUAUUGAAUUGGCAUACCAAAAGCAUUUUAUAUUUAGACAAAAAUGUGGGCGGUAAAAUAACCAAUACAAGAAAGAUUUUACCGCCGGAAAAUAUUGAAGACAUUAGAAAAUUCUUAUACUUAGAUACAGCAGUUUAUAACUUUGCGAUGAGAAGGUUUAACAAAUAUGUUGAAGAUGCCGGUAAAGAAUUCAGUGAUGAGGUUGAAAAUUUUAAAUCAUUACGAGAAAAGGUGAUAACUUAUUGUCAUCAAUCUAAAGCAUUAUCUAUGUUUAUACAAGCCACAAAGUGGUAUCAGGAAUUUACUAUUACCAAGACAGAUUGUAACAUGUUUACAAAACAUGAGAAAGAUCUUAUACAGCGGCAGAGAUUUAGAAUGUACGGUGUUUUAGAAAAUUAGUUUGUUGUAUUAUUUACGUGAUUUGUUUAUUGUUAGGCAACCCUAUUGUUGCCAAUUGUAUUAAAUAUACAUUAUGUUUUCUAAAUUAGGUUCAACUUAAAAUCUACUUCUUUUUAAUGCGUUCAAACGUUCUAGUCUGGAGUGUUGUAUAUUUCACUGGUAUAUUUUCGCAAAAUAUAUCACAUUCAUUAAGUUCCCCGAUUAUAAACUCUUUUACUAUUUAAGACUACUUAAACAUAGCACUCCUUUUCAUCCAAUAUAAUAGGUCGAUAAAAUACCAAAUUAUUAAUAGUAUAAACCCACGGAUUUCUUUUUCAAAAGCAUUUAUUCUUUAUCAAAGAAAUCUUGGUUGAUGACAUAGAGAAUUGCCGAAGGCGUUCUAUUUUGUCUGAAUUAAGUGACCACAGUUGUAAGAGAGAUGUUAUAAAAGUAUGAUUAACCGUUGGAGACAAAAAUAUCAUAAUAGAACAGUGUGAUGUUAAGCGGUUAUUGUUAUCUUUUAACAAUGAAAGUAGACCUGCUCAACAGACGAGAAUUAAUUUGCAAAAAGGGCGCGGUACGCUAACAAGUUGCAGUCGUAUUUUCCCACGGACCACAUUUUGUCAUUUU